AUGAACAGUGGCGGCGGCCUCCCGCCCCCCUCGGCCGCCGCCUCCUCCGCGUCCUCCUCGCUGGCGGCGGCCGCGGCGGUGGUGGCGGUGGCCCCGCCGGGGGUCGGGGGCGUCCCCGGCGGGGCGGCGGCGGCGGGGGUGAAGCUGAAGUACUGCCGCUACUACGCCAAGGAUAAGACGUGCUUCUACGGGGAGGAGUGUCAGUUCCUGCAUGAGGACCCGGCCGCCGGGGCCGCGCCGGGCCUCGGCCUCCAUAGCAACAGCGUCCCCCUGGCUCUGGCGGGCGCGCCCGGGGCCGGCUUCCCGCCCGGAGCGGUCCCGGCCGGGGGAGCCGGGCCGCCCGCGGGGCCCAAGAAGCCGGACCUGGGGGGCCCCGGAGCCGGCGGAGGCGGCAGCAGCGGGGUCCUCGACGGGCCGCGGCUGGCAAUUCCUGGAAUUGAUGGAGGUGCUUUGACUGAUACGAGUCUCACAGAUUCCUAUUUCAGCACCAGCUUUAUUGGAGUCAAUGGAUUUGGAAGCCCUGUGGAGACGAAGUAUCCUGUGAUGCAGAGAAUGACUAAUAGUAGCAGCUCCCCAAGCCUUCUAAAUGACAGUGCCAAGCCAUACGCAGGCCACGAUCCUCUAACUUCACCUGCUUCAUCCUUGUUUAAUGACUUUGGUGCCCUCAACAUCUCUCAGAGAAGAAAGCCAAGGAAGUAUCGCCUGGGGAUGCUGGAGGAGAGGCUAGUUCCGAUGGGAUCAAAGGCACGAAAAGCAAAGAACCCUAUUGGCUGCCUUGCUGACAGGUGUAAAUCAGGAGUACCCAUCAAUAUGGUUUGGUGGAACAGAGUCACAGAAAACAAUUUACAGACACCAAAUCCUACUGCAAGUGAGUUUAUUCCCAAAGGAGGAUCAACCUCCAGGCUGAGUAACACGUCCCAGUCACAUGCGUCUGCCUUCUCUCAAGUGUUCUCCCACCCAUCCCUGGGGACUCCUGCUGCUGCUGGAUUAGCACCAGGAAUGUCGCUGUCUGCGGGAUCCUCCCCUCUUCACUCCCCCAAGAUCACUCCACAUACUUCUCCCGCCCCCAGAAGAAGAAGCCACACUCCAAGUCCAGCAAAUUACAUGGUGCCUUCUAGUGCCUCUACGCCCGGGAAUAAUCCUGUUUCUCAGACACCGUCUUCUGGUCAAGUGAUCCAAAAGGAAACCGUCGGUGGAACGACGUACUUCUAUACAGACACAACUCCAGCACCUUUGAGUGGAAUGGUAUUUCCCAAUUACCACAUCUAUCCUCCAACUGCACCUCACGUUGCUUAUAUGCAGCCGAAAGCGAACGCACCUUCCUUCUUCAUGGCUGAUGAACUGCGACAGGAGCUGAUAAACAGACAUUUAAUAACAAUGGCUCAAAUUGAUCAAGCGGAUAUGCCAGCAGUCCCUUCAGAAGUUGACAGCUACCAUAGCCUGUUCCCUCUAGAACCACUGCCACCACCCAACCGGAUACAGAAAUCAAGUAAUUUUGGAUAUAUUACAUCCUGCUACAAAGCUGUAAAUAGCAAAGAUGAUCUGCCUUAUUGCCUUCGGAGGAUACAUGGUUUUCGUCUUGUUAACACAAAGUGCAUGGUAUUGGUCGAUAUGUGGAAAAAAAUUCAGCACUCAAAUAUUGUAACCUUGCGUGAAGUAUUUACCACUAAAGCUUUCUCAGAGCCUUCUCUUGUGUUUGCAUAUGAUUUCCAUGCUGGAGGAGAGACCAUGAUGAGCAGACACUUCAAUGACCCCAAUGCGGAUGCCUAUUUCACAAAGAGAAAGUGGGGUCAACAUGAUGGACCGUUGCCCAGACAGCAUGCUGGAUUGUUGCCAGAAUCUCUUAUUUGGGCAUAUAUUGUCCAGCUGAGUUCUGCACUGCGUACCAUUCAUACCGCAGGUUUGGCAUGUCGUGUUAUGGACCCAACAAAGAUUCUGAUAACUGGCAAAACAAGGUUGCGAGUAAAUUGUGUUGGAGUUUUUGAUGUUUUAACAUUUGAUAACAGUCAGAAUAAUAAUCCAUUGGCAUUAAUGGCUCAAUACCAGCAAGCAGAUCUGAUAUCAUUAGGAAAAGUUGUGUUGGCUUUGGCUUGCAACUCUUUGGCAGGAAUUCAGCGAGAGAAUUUACAGAAAGCCAUGGAACUGGUGACAAUCAACUACUCCUCUGACCUGAAGAAUCUGAUUUUAUAUUUGUUGACUGACCAAAACAGGAUGCGAAGUGUAAAUGACAUCAUGCCCAUGAUUGGUGCUCGAUUUUAUACUCAAUUGGAUGCUGCUCAAAUGAGAAAUGAUGUCAUAGAGGAAGACCUUGCAAAGGAGGUUCAAAAUGGAAGACUGUUUAGGCUUCUAGCAAAAUUGGGAACAAUCAAUGAGAGGCCGGAGUUUCAGAAGGAUCCUACCUGGUCGGAGACGGGAGACCGGUACCUGUUGAAACUCUUUAGGGAUCAUCUUUUUCAUCAGGUGACAGAAGCGGGUGCUCCUUGGAUUGACCUCAGUCAUAUCAUUUCUUGUCUUAACAAGUUAGAUGCUGGUGUGCCAGAAAAAAUAAGCCUCAUUUCCAGAGAUGAGAAGAGUGUACUUGUGGUGACUUACAGUGACUUAAAGCGAUGCUUUGAAAAUACUUUUCAAGAACUGAUUGCAGCUGCGAAUGGUCAGUUGUAG